AGGAGCAGGAGAGGAGCAGGAGAGGAGUUUUACUCGCUGGAAAGGUUUUAUUUCCGUCCUGAGCGUUUUCAGGGACGCGCCCCGCCAUUCAGCCACUAGACACACGGAAGUGUCGAGGUGACUGACGGUGAAAUCGCCGGUGAGACUGUCAGUGCUUCAUCCGGGAACAGGAGGAAAAGCGCGCGCUCAGGUUUCCUUCAGGUUCAGGUUCAGGUUCAGGUUCUGCAGAUCCAGCUAGAACACAAUGUCCGGGGACAUACGUUCUCCACUUCCGAUGGAUGAGGUGGAUCAGUCGACAGCGUCACGACCGUGUGGUGCCGUCUUUAUUGAUCAGCAUGUAGACAUACUUAUACAGAGAGCCUGCUGUGUGGAACCCGUACUGGACAAGCUCCUGAGUAUGAGGGUCAUCAACGAUGAGGAGUACCAAGACAUUAAAACGGAGAAAACACCUCAGAAACAAAUGAGGGCUUUACUCAUGGGGCCUAUAAGAUCCAGGGGUGAUCAAGGAAAACAGCUUCUGUACGCUACUCUGAAGGCCCAGCAGCCGUUAAUGAUGGAGGACCUCAGCGCUUAAAGAAUUUAUUUACAAUCGUUAUGGUUGUUUUUCUUAUUAUUUGUGAACCUCGAUACCAUACAUAUACCUCAAAUGUAGUCUGUCAGUAAGAUAAAUACAGACAUAGCUGGAGAAAGUUACAUUUAUAAGAAGCAUGUGGUAAAUAAAUAAAAAGCACGGAUCUGCCAGACUAACUAAACAAAAUGUGUGAUUUGUGUUUAAUCACAAAUCCAGUCAAUAAACUUAUCUUAUCAAACUUUAAUCAAACUUCAUGGCUAAUACCAGCUUAGAAUGUGAAGAACAUUAGCUAAGAAACAGUUAUUUGACUCUAACUCCGUGUGAUAUUAAAAUCUGUAAGAUAAACUGUGCUUUCUUAUACAGCCGUUGUCAUCAGGACUCAAACACACAUGCUGACUGGGAUUGUGAAAGAAUUUGAUGCAAAGAAUUACAUUCCAAAUAAACCUUUCGUUUAUUUUGUUGAUUAUUUAAAAUUUCCAAAGGAUGACAUUCCAAUUAAUUAAUUUGAUUAACUGAUUAUUAAAAAAUUGAAUCCACAGAUUAAAAUUUCAUUCAUAUUGGCGGUACUUGGGUUCUGAAUGGUUAUAUUUGCACCUGUUAAAUAGAAGAAGAAUAAUCAUGCAACCUUUACAUCUGUUUACUUUAAACCAAAAUCAAUUAUGCUAAUUUUAAAAAAAAUAAAUAUGUUUUCCAAAUACUGAAAAUAUCUAACUUUCAAAAACAGACUGCAGAGUAACUCAUGCGAUGAUCUCUGCUAAGAACAAACAUGUGCUUAGACUCCAAUCUCUCUCUUUUCCUGGUAACUUACACACACACACACACACACACACACACACACACUCCGCCAGAGAGUGUCCUACUGACUGUGUAUCGUAAAGUUCUUAGAAACCGGACGCUUGCAUUCAGAAGAUAAAGAUCUUUUACUACAUAAAUGCAAUGGCCUAAAAUCUUAUUGAUGUUUAACGUCCAAACCAUUCGGCCAAUCAAAAUUGGUUUUCGUAUUAUGUAAAAUAUAAUUACGUAACCAUUAAUCUAAUCUUAAAAAUUCUCUUAAAAAGCUAAUUUGUCUUAUUUAUUACAAGACGUCAACGUCAGACACAUUUUCCCCUCAAUUAACGUUAGCUAUUAAAGUACAUUUUGUUGGCAGGCAACAAAUUAUAAAUUUAGUUAAACGUGUAAAUUAUAUAAAAAAAAAAAACAGAAACAAUAUUUUUUUUGCUAUAACUAAACUAUAAAUAAUUCCAGGAAAUUAAUUUUGACCCGACAAUCUGAGCCCCUGAGCUAAACCCAGCGCUUUCACACUGUUAAUAUUAUUAUUAUUAUAUUAAUAAUAUUACAUGAAAUAGCUGAAAUUGACUUUUAUUUAAAGGUAAAACACGUCCUGGUGCAAAAGAACUGUGAUUUCUGAUGUAGCCUAGCUGAUUUUAUACACUUUAUACAUAGAUCCGAUGUUUUAUCGCCAAAAUUUUCAUAUUUUAAUUGGCAGAGGACAAUCAUUUGUUUUUGGAUCAAUGACAAAAAUAAUUUUUAAGAACAGCAAAUUUAAAAUGAAUUAAUUUCAUGGCUUUAUACAAUGACUAUUAUGACAUUUGCUCCAUAAUUGUAAAGAAUUUUAUUUUUACUUAGGAAUAGUGCAAAGAAAUCAUUUAAUCUAUGCUAUAUAUAUUUCAUAUCAUACAAAAAAAAAAUACAAAAAUGCAAUGAAAAAAAAAUAAUAAUGUUAUAAUUAGUAUUUUUUCUAGAUUGUUUUUUUUAUAAUUGUUAGCAACUCCUCUGAUUAAAUCUGAUUAUCUGUGAGAAGUUCAUGUAAAGACGCUGAUUUUUGUUUUGCGUUUAUUAAUUUAAAUUGUUUAUAAAAGAAAUUGUUUGUAAUUUUUUUUCUAAAAUAUCCAAAGUACAGGAUCUAUUUUAAUCUGAAAUACUGUUGGUAGAUUGUAUAAACCAUAAAAACCACAUUUAUAUAAAUUUUUUUAUUUGUUUGUUUGGUACUUUAAAUUCAAAUGUACAUAAA